AUGACGCAGUCCAGCGAAUCCACCACAUCCUCUCCCCUCGCAAUCACGCUGCGCAAUCGCGUCCUCAGCCCUCCUCUCGGCUUCAACCCGCCCAACACUCCUCCAACGCUCUAUACUUCAGCCGUCUCCCAUUUUCUCUCAAUCCCGUGGUGUGCAUGCCUCAUUCAAACGCCAAAUACAGUCCCCUUCGUCCCUCAAUGCUUCAAUCCUUCCAGCCCAUCUCGCGACCAGCUCCUCGGCGCCACGCUGGCCACGCCGCGCGGAGUGCAACAGGUUCUUUCCUUCUUCCACACCGAGGAUGAAACGCAUAUCCAGGACCCCUCGCGCCCCAUUAUGCACGUGAGCACUCUUUUUGCAUUGGGUGAGGGCUUGUGUGGAUACGAAGGCGUGCUACACGGGGGCAUGAUUAUGACCAUUGCGGAUGAGUCAAUGGGAAUUCUCCACGACAUCAACAAUGCUCUGGGCAAAGUUGGAUCUACCUUUGGAGCGGCAAAUGUGACGGCCGGUCUUGAGAUUAAAUUCUUGAAGCCUGGGCCGAUCAACGAGACAGUACUGGUCAAUGCAUGGGUGGACAGCGUAGAGGGGAGAAGAACGAAUAUUAAAUGCGAAAUUCGAGAUGGAAGAGGCAUCGAGAUAGCAAAGUGCUCGAGCACGUGGGUGUCAGUGAGGCCCAAGAUAUAA